AUGGCCCAUCAGAGUCGUGUCAAAGGUCCAGGGAUUUCUGCCGCCAAAGCUCCCGCUCCCGUCGUCCGUGACGUAUCUGACUGGGAGGUCUUCACUGAUGAAGAGUCUGACAGUGACACUUCUCAGAACACUGUCGAUUUCAUUGAGCCCCCUCCUGCCUACAAGGUAGACGAUCCCAGGUUGGUGGUCAACAGACCCACGCUGGGUAGACCGACUUUGGACAGGCCUGUUGUUGAGAGGCCUGUCCAGGAGAAGCGUCAGUCGUCGUGGCGACAAUGGCUCAACAGAGAUAAGGUCAGCCCGGAGGCGGCGGAUGAACCGACUCUACGUCCAGACCGAAAGGUUCGGCGUCAUCGGUCUGAAACCGAGACACCCGAGGAGCGGGAGGCGAGAAGAUCAGAACGUCGUCGUCGACACAGGGAAUAUGAGGAGCGUGGUCGUGCUGAGAAAGACCGCCAUACUCGUGACAGAAGUCGAGGAGGUAGUCCAAGCACGCGACACAGACGACACAAGCGACGCGAAGGUGAGGAGAGAGAAGAGAGAAGCGAUGAGAAGGAGUCUCGUCGCCUCUCACGGAGGUUCCUUGGUCGAAGUGAUGAAGAGGACAAGGAACGUGAGAAGCGCAGGUCUAUGAGAGAACGACCUACUCUCGACAAGAGACACUCUACCUCUGCCUCCAUCAGGCAUCGCGAUCCUGAGUAUGCCGAGCGCGAGAGGAGGUCCAGUCGCGUGGACGGUGAGAGGCGACACAAGAGUAGUCGAGAGCACUCACGGGCCUCGCAUAGCCACACUCCUCGCGCGCCUGAAGAAGAGAAACGGCGUGAUGAGGAGCGGGAGGCUCGGAGAGCAGAGCGCCGACGACUUCACAGCGAGCGCAAGGGAGCUACCCCCAAGAACAGUGACUCUGACCGCGGUGAGAAGGAGAGAUCAUACACCAGAAGUGUUGAUCCUGAGCGCGCAAGAGAGCGACGCCACAGCCGACACUUGAGUCAAUUAGACAACGACAACCGAAGGGAUCGAUACAAGGACUAUGAAUCUGCACGAGCUUCAAUGAAGAUCAAGAGUCCAGGUCCGGGUUCAGAUCCUGAGAAGGAGAAGUUGAAGAUGUAUGAGAAGGAGCGUGAGAGAGACGAGGAACGGGCGAGAGAGCGGGAACGCGAGAAGGAAAAUGAGCGCGAACGCAUCCGGUUAGAGGAGAAGCGUAAGGCUGAGGAGAAGAAGAGGAUCGAGGAGAUGGAGAAGGAGCGUGAACGUGAACGACUUGAGGAGCAAAAGAAGCUUGAUGAGAAGAAGAGAGCCGAGGACAGGCGACGUGCCGAAGAGAAGAAGCGCGCUGAGGAGAAGCGUAAGCUCGAGGAGAAAAAGAAGUUGGUCGAGGAGAAGCGCCGACUCGCAGAGAAGAAGCUGAAGGCCGAGAGUCGACGAAAGGCCGCUGAGGAGCGCGAGAAGGAGAAGGAGAGGGAGCGUCUCGAGGAGAAGAAGAGAAUUGAGGAGGAGAAGCGUCUUGAGGAGGAGCGACGUAUUGAAGAGGAGCGAAAGCUCGAGGAGAAGAAGCGUCUGGAGGAGAAGCGCAAGGCCGACGAGAAGAAGCGCGCUGACGUCCAGGAGAAGGAGCGAAAGCUCGCUGAGGCCAAGAAGCGCGUUGAAGAGAAGGAGAAGCGCGCUGCUGAGCGCAAGGAGAAGGAUGCUCGUCGUGCUCUCCGCAAACAACAAAAGGAAGAGCAAAAGAAGAAGGACGCUGCCAUCGAGGAGCAAGCAAACAAGCCUCAAAUUCUCGGCCCCAACAAGUGGCCCGCCCCAGGAGCACACAGACUCGGUCCCGCACUGGGACCCCUGAGACUAUCUACAGCUACAGAGGCCAAACCGAAGCCGGCUCCUGUUGACGACGACGACAGUGGUGUUGACUAA